UCAGUAUCCGGAUGGAUACCGUUUAAUCAGUUCACUAAUUUCAAAGGACCGCGAGAAGUGCAUUUAUCAAAAGCACGUAUGGUUGUACUUGGCAAUGUCAACAUCACCAAGCAUGUGACGAUUAGUUUGACAAUGUGGAUACUGGCAGGGGUAUUUAUUAAGUAAAAACGGGUAAGGCCUACGGAGCAGAUCUCUUUCUAACGGGCGCUAGGAACCAUGCGACUGAGGAAUAGGACACGUGGACCAGUCAGGUGGGGGCUCGCUUGUUCUCUCAUUUUGACAGGCUUCAUUAUUUACUAUCUACAUGUCCAAAAUUCUGGAGUAUCGAGUCGGAAAGUAAAUGAGCGUAAUGCACAAGUGCGAGGCAGUGGGUUUGGAGUUGCCAAGAGAGGAGAAAAUUCGGAGGGAACUUUGAGCUAUGAUAUACAAGAUGUUGUGGCUGGACUUGAGAGGCUUUCACUGGCACUGAAAAUUCUGGAGCAGAAAAAUGGCAAACCUAUCAACGGUGACCCUUCCAAUCCAAACAUUGGCAUGAAUGAGCUCUAUACAGCAAAGGCCAAAGACACGGGCGGUCAAAGGACAAGUAGUUUGGACGAUAAACUUGAAAACACUGCUGUACAUUCGACUACAUAUCCUACUCGUUGGAGCACAACAAAGAACACCCAUAUUCUAUCGCACGUUAGGCGCAUAUCUACAAUCAACAACCAAACAUCUCGACCGAGAAACUUAGAAGAAAGCUUGGGUGCUGGCCUCGUAGAUAACGAAACCCUAGACUACAGGAACAAGAAAACAACAGAACCGACGAAACAUUUACAAGAUCGCACUACCAAGGCAUCAGUUCAAACUUCACGGAUUGGACGGAAAGCAACGACCAUUUUAGUUGAAAAAGACGACCGGAAUAAACCGGAACCAUCAGCCGUAUCACGAGGCUCGGAGUACCUUCCUACAGUCCACAUUAAACCGCCCUCUGAUCCCAAUUCUCCGGGAGAAUAUGGUGUGGCAGUGGACCUCGUCAACUUGACUGAAGCCCAGGAGAAACGAAGACAUGAACUUUUGGAGAAAUACGGAUUGGACGAGUACCUCAGCCGUCAGAUAUCACUACAUAGGGCAUUGCCAUAUUCACGACCUGACAGGUGCCAGAAGCAGACAUUCCUGCCCAACUUGCCGUCUGUGAGCAUCAUAGUGGUGUUCCAUAACGAGGCCAUGUCUGUACUGAAGCGGACCCUGCACAGCAUUUUGGACAACACGCCCUCAUCACUGCUACAGGAGGUCCUGUUGGUAGACGACUUAAGCGACAAUGAGGACCUAAAAGGGGAUUUAGAGGACUACAUUUCACAACUACCGAGGAUAAGGCUGCUGCGGAACCGGCAGCGGGAGGGGCUGGCCCGGUCACGGGUACGGGCUGCCGGAGUCGCGUCCGGGGACGUGCUCACCUUCCUGGACUCCCAUGUGGAGUGUAACACCGGGUGGCUGGAGCCUCUGGUGGAUAGAAUAGCUAGAGACAGGAAAACGGUCGUUUCUCCGGGUAUAGACUGGAUCCAUGGAGACACAUUUGCAUACGAUUACGGCAUCGAUACCCUCCGGGUCACGUGGGGUUGGAACCUCGGCUUCGGGUUCGACCAUGAGCAUGCUGAGAGGUGGGUGCAACUCUCCGAGGAUGAGCAGGUCAAACCCGUCAGGUCUCCGAUGUUGCUAGGAGGACUUUUCGCCAUUGAUCGACAGUACUUCCGGGAGAUUGGAAUGUACGAUCCUGGUUUGGAAUAUUGGGGAGGGGAACACUUCGAAAUCUCAUUCAAGGCGUGGAUGUGUGGAGGAUCGAUAGAGGUUCUCCCGUGUUCUCGCGUGGGUCACGUGUGGGGGAAGAAGACUUACAGUACCGGCAACAUGACGCUACAUGACUGGGCAUCACGGAACAACAUGCGGGUAGCAGAAGUCUGGAUGGACCACUACAAAGUACACUACUACAUCAGACGCCCAUAUCUGAUGAAGAGAAAGUUCGGAGACAUUUCUGGGCGCCGACGGUUACGAGAGCGUCUGCAGUGUAAGAAUUUCCGCUGGUACCUGGACAACGCCUUCCCCGACCUGUACAUACCAGACGACAUACCUGGACGCUACGGACAGGUUCGAAAUAACGGAACCAACACAUGCCUAGACUGGACAUCUAAACCUCAGAGAGAGUUGGAGAUGUUUCCCUGUCAUCACGGACUGGGUACGCAGUUUUUCGAGCUGACCGGUCAGAACCAGCUGCGGGAUGAGCGGUCCUGUUUGCAGGCACGUGACGACGGCAGUGACGUCAUGCUUGUGACGUGUGGGAGAUCAGAGGAAGAGCCGCCACCUCUCCAGCAAUGGACGCUCACCAAUGGAGGUUUCUUGUACAACGCCGCCACCAAGACAUGCCUACACGCAGUGCCAGCUGACCCGGGGGCUGGGGGGAAAGUAACCAUCAUGCCUUGCGAUCUUAGUAGCCUCCAAAAAUGGACUAUAGAAUACAUCUGGCACAAAGAUCUAGGGUAGUGCUCCGCCAGGGGUCGCAUGCAGCCGUUUAGAAUCUAAUAUAUACUUGAUAUGUACAUGUCACUUUGGUAGUGUAUGUACGGGUCACGAUGUAGGACAGAACGGUAAAUAUAGCCUGUUGAACUUAACACAGAAGUGUUGCUUACUAGUAGUCCCAGCUCAGCGAAGUCUGAUAUUUUAUAUCUUAUAUGCGGCGAGGAUGAGUGAGUGAGAGAGUAGUCCUUUGGCUAAAAGAAAACCUACGAAGAGGACUUCUGAUUACCCCACCGCAAUAGGAUAUUAAGCUUUCAAAGAAAGUAUUUAUGUUGAAGGGUAGAUAAUAGGGUUGGACCGGUCGACCACAAGUGAGAGUAGUGAAGGAAACAAUGUGGAAAAUAAAAUACUUGCCCAAA